AUGGUGGCACCGGAUGCGAGCUUGAGCCCCUCCUCCAGAUCUUCGGCUGCUUCGGUGCGAUCUUCCAGCAUGUCCAGUCGCCGCACCUCUUCCUCGAACAACUCCAUCCUGUCUCACCACCAAAGACGGUCCCCUUCAACGGCGUCUUUAAGCAGUCUCAGCAACCACCACAACCACCACCACCACAAAGUGUCAAACAACAAUAACAUAUUAUGGAAUAUCUAUAUGAAGCAUCAAUUCUGGGUGGAACGUUUGUUUCUGCUUUCGUUUUCCUUUUUUGUCUUUUGGCAUUUUCGAACCGAAACUCAAAUGGUGGAGGAAUUGGAACAAGGUGGCCCAUUGGGAUUGAUGAUGAUGCAUUCGGGAAAAUUACAUCCACAAGAGACCUAUAGUUUGAAACCAAAAAUGACGCCAGCCAAAAUGGCAGAAUUAAAGGGACCGAAUGGCGACAAACCAAAUGUGUUGGUGACGGGAGCUGCAGGCUUUGUGGGCAUGUUUACGGCAUUGGAAUUAAAGGCAAUCGGCAUGAAUCCCAUUGGAUACGACAGUGUCAAUUCGUAUUACAGUCAAGACCUGAAAGAAUUGCGGAUACAAGAAUUGCAGCAACACGGCAUCCCAAUGGUCCGCGCGGACGUUUGCGAUAGUGCCACCCUCCAAAACACCAUUCGAACACACAACAUUACCCGUGUAAUCCACUUGGCGGCGCAGGCAGGAGUUCGAUACAGUUUGGAUCAUCCGGACGAGUAUACACGGAACAAUGUCGAUUGCUUUGUGCGGUUGCUCGAAACCAUGGUGAAAUGUGGCAUUCACGACCAACCAUUGGUCUAUGCGUCUUCGUCGUCGGUCUAUGGUGGCAACGAAAAGAUUCCCUUUCGAGAAUCGGAUCGACUCGAAGAUCCAGCAUCCUUAUAUGCCGCUACCAAACGUAGUGACGAAUUGAUUGCCCAAACCUACUUUAAUUUGCAUGGUUUGUCGUCCGUGGGCCUGCGGUUUUUUACCGUCUAUGGACCCUUUGGACGACCCGACAUGGCCCCGUGGAUCUUUACCGACAAAAUUUCCAAUCACGAAACCAUUCGUGUCUUCAAUCAUGGCAACUCGAGACGAGAUUUUACCUUUGUGGGGGAUAUCGUGCAAGGCGUCGUCAAUUCCUUGUUUGUGAAUACCGGCCAACCUGAAUUGGUCAACCUGGGCAAUGGUCGGCCCAUUCUUUUGGCCGACUUUGUACGAUUGGUCGAAUCCCAAGUGGAGACGGAGGCUAUCAUUGAUUCGGUGGGAAUGCAAAAGGGAGACGUUCCAGUCACCUAUGCGGAUAUUACCAAGGCUCGAAGGUUGCUGGCCUACAAUCCUAGUACUCCAAUUGAGGAAGGGAUCGUUCAGUUCGUGUCCUGGUUUCGAGAACACAAUGCCACCCAAUUUCGAAUGAAUGGAUGA